ACUUUCUUCCCGACCUCGCCCCGACUGCCUACACCCGUCGAGCCAGUCCAUCCGCCAGCCAUGAGCACUCAGGAGCAGCCGCAGCAGCAGGACAGCCAGUGGCGUCCCAUCGGCGAGGCCGUCGGCGCAGGCGACGUCAACGUCGAGGUCAUCGAGUCGCUGUGCAUGGAGUGCCACGAGCAGGGCGAGACCCGCAUGCUCCUCACCGUCAUCCCUUACUUCCGCGAGGUCAUCGUCGUCUCGUUCCGCUGCGAGCACUGCGGCUACAAGAACAACGAGAUCCAGUCGGCGGGCGAGAUCCAGCCGCUCGGCGCCGUCUACACGGUCAAGUGCACCUCGCGCGACGACCUCGACCGCCAGCUCGUCAAGUCGGAGCACUGCACCAUCUCGAUCCCCGAGUACCAGCUCACGAUCCCGCAAGGCCGAGGCCAGUUCACGACCGUCGAGGGCGUCCUCGCCGACACGAUCCGCGACCUCCUGCACGACCAGCCCUUGCGCAAGAUCCAGCACCCGGACCUGCACGACAAGAUUGCCGAGCUCGUCGCCCGGCUGCGCAUCCUCGUGCCCGACGUCGAGCUCCCCGAGCUCCUUGACGCCGACAACAACCCGAUCCCGUACGCGACGUCGUCGUCGAGCGACAUGCCGACGUUCACGCUCAAGCUCGACGACCCGUCGGGCAACUCGUUUGUCGAGACCCGGGGCGGGCUCGGCGACCCAAAGUGGGCCAAGCGCGAGUACGGCCGCGAUGCGCAGCAGGACGAGGCGCUCGGGCUCAAGCACGACGACGAGGCCGACAAGGCGACGAGCCACUACCCCGAGGAGGUCCUCAGCUUCCCCGGCGUGUGCAGCUUGUGCGGCAGCGAGCUCGAGACGCUCAUGAAGAAGGUCAACAUCCCUCACUUCAAGGACAUCAUCCUCAUGUCGACCAACUGCCACGACUGUGGGUACCGCGACACCGAGGUCAAGUCGGGCGGCGCCAUCGCCGACAAGGGCCGCAAGAUUACGCUCAAGGUCGAAGAGUCGGACGACCUCAGCCGCGACAUCCUCAAGUCCGAGACGGCGGGCCUGUACAUCCCCGAGAUCGACCUCGAGCUCAACCCGGGCACGCUCGGCGGGCGGUUCACGACGCUCGAGGGCCUCCUCCAGCAGGUGUACGAGGAGCUCGACGGCAAGGCGUUUGCGCACGGCGAUGCGGCAGCGCCCGGCGCGACCGACAACAUGCAGGUGUUCUUGGGCAACCUCAAGAAGGCCAUGGCGGUCGAGACGCCCUUUACGGUCGUCCUCGAUGACCCGCUCGCCAACUCGUUCAUCCAGUCGCUCUACGCGCCCGACCCCGACCCGUCCCUCACCCAGGAGGACUACGAGCGGUCCCACUUCCAAAACGAGGAGCUCGGCCUCAACGACAUCAACGUCGACGACUAUGGCCAUGUCGAGGUUCCCGAGGGAGACGAGGCAGACAAGGCGGCGGCGGCGGUGCCGGGAAAGGCGGAGGAGGAGAAGAAGGGCGAGGAGGAGGUCAAGGCGUGACGAGUUCGCUCGCCUCGCACGCACGUGAAUAAUAGACGUCUCUCGCGUUCUACUGCC